AUGGGAGAAUCAAAGAAACAAUGGAUCCUCAACGCCUUCGCCAUGCAGGCACCAGGCCAUUUGAACCCGGGGCUGUUCAAGUACCCUAAAGACCAAGGCCGCAAGUACAAAGACAUCCAGCACUGGAUCGCCCUGGCCAAGGAACUCGAGCAAGCCAAAUUCCACGCAAUCUUCUUCGCCGAUGUCCUCGGCGGCUACGACGUCUACAAAGGUCCUGCCAACCUCGACCCCACCAUCCCCGCCGCCGCCCAAUUCCCCAUUAAUGACCCUUUGUACACCAUCCCAGCAAUGGCAGCAUCGACCAACAGCAUCGGCUUCGGCGUCACCGCUUCAACAACCUACGACGCUCCCUACGCCCUCGCGCGAAGGUUCUCAACCGUCGAUCACCUCAGCAAUGGCCGCGUCGCCUGGAACAUCGUGACCUCCUACCUCGACUCCGCGGCCCGGAACUUCGCGCUGAAGACCCAAAUCGAACACGACGAGCGCUAUCGCAUCGCGCACGAAUACCUCCACGUCACCUACAAGCUCUGGGAAGGGUCCUGGCGCGACGACGCUGUGCUCCCUCCACCUUCACCUGCCGAAGGAGAAGACCCGCAGGGCAACAACAACGCAUACGCCGACCCCAAAGCCGUGAGACAGGUCAAUCACCAGGGGGAAUACUUCACGGUGCCGGGCCCGCAUCUAUGCGAGCCCUCGCCCCAGCGCACGCCUUUCCUCUUUCAAGCGGGCACGUCCACCGCGGGCCGCAAAUUCGCCGCCACGCACGCCGAAGCCAUCUUCCUGAACGGGCAUACCCCGGAACUGGUCCGUCCCUCCGUCGACGGCAUCCGUGAGGAAGCGUCCCGGCUGGGACGCGACCCGCAGGACAUCAAGAUCGUCGCGGGCCUGCUGGUCAUCGUCGCCGAGAGCGACGAGGCGGCGCGGAAGAAGUACGAGGAGCUCGCGUCGUACGGGGAUCGGGAGGGCGCGCUGGCUUUGUUCGGGGGCUGGUCGGGCUACGAUCUCAGCAAGUAUUCGGACGAGGAGGAUUUCAGGUUCAGCAAGGAGGCGCCGCCGGCCGUGAGAAGUAUGGUGAACCAUUGGGCCUCGACGUCGCCGGAGGGGCUGACGUGGAACAAGAAGACCAUUGCCGAGUGGCUCGUCUUGGGCGGCAAUGGCGCCAAGGUGAUAGGCGACCCGACGACGGUGGCGGAUGAGUUGGAACGGUGGAUCGAGGUUGCGGAUGUGGAUGGGUUCAAUUUGAGCUACGCGAGCAUUCCGGAAACAUUCCAGGAUAUCAUUACCCUGUUGAUUCCAGAGUUGAGACGGAGGAGCGUCUUCUGGGAGGACUACGCCGUGCCGGGGGGGACUUUGAGGGAGAACUAUUUCGCCAGGCCCGGAGGGAAUCGGUUGGCGGACAAUCAUCCCGGGGCGCAGUAUUUCUGGAAGGCUGGGGAGCUGGAGCCUGCGUAUGCGAUCAGAGCAAGAAGCGAAAAAGAAAGCAAUGAUGAUAAGAAUGAUGUCGCCGUGUAG